AUGGCACGCUAUAUUAUUCCUUCCAUAACAAUUUCAGCAAUUUAUGGAGCGUACAAGUCAUGGUGGGACUCAUCGUUAAAAUCGAAACCAAUUCUUUCUCUCGACGAAGCUGUGAAUUCGCUCAAUUUAAACCAAAACACAAAUGAAGCGCUGAAGUAUGUUCUCCAAUUACAAGAUAAAACCUUUCUGACUUCAUUGUCUCCUUCAGCAGUAGCGAUUUUAGCAAGAUCGGGCUCAGAUUUAUGCAAUUAUGUACCAGUGAAACCAACCAGUCAAGAAAAUAUUGAUGUCACAGAAGCUUUGAGAAAAUAUAAUCUUGGAGACAAAUGGAAUAGCAGUUUGGAAUGGAUAAAUAGGGUAGCUUGCUCCGAAGAGGAUCUUUCCUGUAAUGACGAAUGGUUAGUGAGAAUGCCGAGUCAAGUUGAACGUCUUAGAAGAAUGCUUCAGCUUCUCUUCCUUACCACUGAGCAAUCGUUCAACGCAGAUCUGAUUGACAUCGAUAUUGUUCAUUUUCUUUUCAAUAUAUACAACGAAUUCAUCACGACCAACGAGGAUAUUGCUUUGCUUACCCUGAAGAUCAUGUCAAAUAUGGUUGCUUCUGACGAGAAAUACGCGAAAGCAAUGCUUUGCUCGGAAUGGGUGCAAUUAUUGGCAAAUAUGGUGACAAAAGGCAAAAACCUGAUGGAGAAAUUGAUAUCUCACAAGAUUUGCCAGAAUGCUUUGAGUGCAUUAGGUACGAACAAUUAUCGACUGCGAUCUGACAUCUAUGAAGUUCAUACAUCGGAAAGUGAACCCGAGCUCGACAUUAUUUUGAUUCAUGGAUUACGGGGAAAUGUGGCGUACACAUGGCGUCAAAAAGAUUCCGAUGAAAAUAUUUUGACAACAUGUUGGCCAAAAGAUUGGCUUCCAUUGGACAUAAAAAGACCAUUUCGCAUCAUUGGUCUCGACUAUCCUUCAUAUAUUUUUCAAUUUAGCGGGGCUAAACACAGCAUACAGAGCCGAGCGGAUCGAUUCAAGAAUCAGUUGCGCGAUGCAGGCAUCGGAAAACGGCCAACUGUUUUCAUUUGUCAUUCCAUGGGAGGUCUUUUGGCGAAACGACUAAUUUUGGAUUGUCCAGAAUUGAUGGAAAGCACGGUCGGAAUCUUGUUCAUUGCAACUCCUCAUAAGGGAAGUCCGGUGGCUAGUUGGGGAUAUUCAUUUCUCUUGCCUACUGACGACGUUCUUCUUCUCAAUGAAAGCAAUCCUGUAAAUAAAAAGUUAAAUGAAGAUUUCUCGGCGAUAAGCAAGAAGAUCCCGGUGAUUGUGAGCAUGGUCGAAACCAAAGAAUCAAAUCUAAUUGGAAAUGCCAAAGGAAUUGUCGUUCCCACUAAAUCGGCAGUCUUCGAUCAAGGCGCUGUAUAUCAUAUUGAAGAGGCCCAUCUGAAUGUGUGCAAGCCAUCAGCAAGAGAGUGCAGCACGUAUGGAGUAGUCCUCAAUUUCAUGUUGGAUUGUUUUCGCGAAGUUUCGAAGCGAAAAAAGUCGUGA